UAUCUCUCGCCCCUACCUCCUUUCCUUUCCUUCAUCCUUUCAUUCCUCUGUUUCCUUACUGACAUCUGUUUUGCUCAGUACCUCUACGCGAUCAGCCGUAGUAUCUGAGCAAGCUUUUUUAAAGAACCUUUCUAGUAUCUUACAAAGAACUACAAAGUUCACAAACCUUCACAAUGGGUAAGGAAGACAAGCAGCACAUCAACAUCGUCGUUAUCGGCCACGUCGAUUCCGGCAAGUCCACCACCACUGGUCACCUGAUCUACAAGUGUGGUGGUAUCGACCAGCGUACCAUCGAGAAGUUCGAGAAGGAAGCCGCUGAGCUCGGUAAGGGUUCUUUCAAGUACGCUUGGGUUCUUGACAAACUCAAGUCCGAGCGUGAGCGUGGUAUCACCAUCGAUAUUGCCCUCUGGAAGUUCCAGACCUCCAAGUAUGAGGUCACCGUCAUUGAUGCCCCCGGUCACCGUGAUUUCAUCAAGAACAUGAUCACUGGUACCUCCCAGGCUGAUUGCGCUAUCCUCAUCAUUGCCUCCGGCCCUGGUGAAUUCGAGGCUGGUAUCUCCAAGGAUGGCCAGACCCGUGAGCACGCUCUGCUCGCUUUCACCCUCGGUGUCCGUCAGCUCAUUGUUGCCCUCAACAAGAUGGACACCAACGGCUGGUCCCAGGACCGUUACAACGAAAUCGUUAAGGAGACCUCCAACUUCAUCAAGAAGGUCGGCUACAACCCCAAGGGUGUUCCUUUCGUCCCCAUCUCCGGUUUCAACGGUGACAACAUGAUCGAGGUCUCCACCAACUGCCCCUGGUACAAGGGUUGGGAGAAGGAGACCAAGGCUGGCAAGUCCACCGGUAAGACCCUGCUCGAGGCCAUCGAUGCCAUUGAGCCCCCGGUCCGUCCCACCGACAAGCCCCUCCGUCUUCCCCUCCAGGAUGUCUACAAGAUCUCUGGUAUCGGUACUGUGCCCGUCGGUCGUGUCGAGACUGGUGUCAUCAAGCCCGGUAUGGUCGUUACUUUCGCUCCUGCCAACGUGACCACUGAAGUCAAGUCCGUUGAAAUGCACCACCAGCAGCUCCAGGCCGGUAACCCCGGUGACAACGUUGGUUUCAACGUCAAGAACGUCUCCGUCAAGGAAGUCCGCCGUGGUAACGUUGCCGGUGACUCCAAGAACGACCCCCCCAUGGGCUGCGCUUCCUUCAACGCCCAGGUCAUCGUCCUCAACCACCCCGGUCAGGUCGGCGCUGGUUACGCUCCCGUCCUCGACUGCCACACCGCUCACAUUGCUUGCAAGUUCUCUGAGCUCCUUGAGAAGAUUGACCGCCGUACCGGUAAGGCUGUUGAGAGCAACCCCAAGUUCAUCAAGUCUGGUGAUGCUGCCAUCGUCAAGAUGGUUCCCUCCAAGCCUAUGUGUGUUGAGUCCUUCACCGACUUCCCUCCUCUCGGUCGUUUCGCUGUCCGUGACAUGAGACAGACCGUCGCUGUCGGUGUCAUCAAGAGCGUCGAGAAGUCUGCUGGCGCCGCUGGUAAGGUUACCAAGGCCGCCCAGAAGGCCGGCAAGAAAUAAGCUGGUUAAUAUGUGCGGGGAUGCAAUUAUGAACCUUUUAUGAGCACAAAAAUAUGGAAUUCUCAUGAAUUUAGACUUGAGUUAUGUAGUUGAUCCUACAGACUUGAAUCAUGACUUUUUUCGUUAAAUCUGUUUUCUGUAGACCGUAAGUUGUUUUCUGUGAGUUGUCACAUGGAUCUCUAGGCCUAAUCACAUUCAACAAUGCCCUACCAGCGUAGACUGUGACUGUUCCUUAGUCUGUGGUGUGCGCAGGUGUAACCCCUCCUUGUUGAAGCUGUGACUAGUUCUUGAUAAGACAUGCUUGUUGGAGUCCUCAUAGCGAUGUUCAUCCCCUGCUGGCUAGUAUCCAUCGAUCAAUGUCCUUUCUUGCACCAUCAACAACCUGUACAUGUAUUAUCAUCAAGCCCUGCAUGGUUGGCAUCACACCCUUGAGUGUAUGGGAAGUACCAAUGUUCUUGGAUAUUUUAUACUCUUAGAACUCUGUUCAUAUCAGAGAACCCCUGAUGGGUCUGUUCCGUCGCGAAAUAUAUUCCCUGGUGGCACAGUGAAAUUGAGAUUCUAC